AUGGAGGACGAUGUGAUAGCUCAGUUCACUGAAAUUACCAGCUCCACGCCUCAGUUGGCCAUACAGUAUCUGCAGGUUACAAAUUUCGAAAUCCCCGAAGCCGUGCAGCUCUAUUUUGAUAAUGGAGGUGCACCUUUGACCAAUGAGCCUGCUCAGCCAUCCCGGGGCUCUGGCCUUCGAGAUGGUCAUGAGGUGGUGACUAUUGACUCGGACUCUGAUGACGAUACCUCCCACCGCUCCGCCCGGCCGACUUUCGAUGAUGAUGAAGCUAUGGCUCGACGCCUUCAGGAAGAAAUGUAUGGUGGCCCUGGUGGCGUACCGGAUGAAGAUGAAGUGAGAGCACCCAUGGCGAGGACAACCGAGACAUUGGUCGGCCCUGGGGCGGACUUCGACGAUGGUGAAUUCAUGCACGCCGACAUUCUCCGGCAAACAAUGAGCCGCGCAACGCGAGGCCGAGCUGGAAUCUUCAACCAACGAGAAUCAUCUUCCAUCUGGGCAGGCGGCCAGGAGGUUCAGCCCGACGAACUGUCUGCAGCUACCGGGGGCGCAUCAGAGGCUUCCUCCAAAUCCAGCAUGCUCGCCCAGAUGUACCGUCCUCCAUUUGAGAUCAUGUCACGAAUGUCUUGGGAAGUGGCACGCGACGAGGGAAAGGAUAUCCAAAAAUGGCUGCUUGUCAAUAUCCAGGAUGAAUCCAUUUUUGACUGCCAAGUUCUUAACCGCGAUUUAUGGAAAGACCGCGGGGUCCAAGACACCAUUAAGGAACAUUUCAUCUUCUUGCAGUACUCGAAGGACGACGCCCGUGCGGCAUCUUACCUUCAAUACUACUUUCAAAGAAGCGAUGUCUCCGACAAUUACCCUCACAUUGCAAUUGUCGAUCCUCGAACCGGUGAACAAAUGAAGGUAUGGUCCGGACCGCCUUUGAUCAAGCCCGCCGAUUUUCUCAUGCAGUUGCACGAGUUCCUUGAUCGGUACAGUCUGAGCCACAACGUGCGCAAUCCUGUCGCCAAGCGAAAAUCCGAGAAGAAAGAAAAGAGCAUCGAUGCGAUGACCGAGGAGGAGAUGAUGGAGAUGGCGUUGCGGAAUAGUCUCGGUGGUGCAGCCGAAGGAGGUCAGAAGGUGGAAGAUCCUGAUGACUUGACUCGCAGCACGGAUAAUACCAAGGGCAAGGGUCGGGCAAUUGAGGAGGAUGAGCUCAUGGAGGAACCAGAGCCAGCUGCCGAGGAUUCAGCAUUUUCGUCUAUCCCCAGCGACCACCCACACACUGAGCCGGAGGCUGACCCGGCUACAACUACGCGUAUCCAGUUCCGACACCCAUCCGGCAGAGUCAUUCGGCGCUUUGCACUGUCGGAUCCCGUCCAACGGAUCUAUGAGUGGCUCAAGGCCGACCCUCCCUUGGAAGAUAAGGCCGGUGUCGAAUUUGAACUAAACAGUAUGGGGCGUAACCUCAUUGACCAACUGGGCACAAGCAUCGCAGAGGCGGGGCUCAAGAAUGGCACUGUGAUGAUUGGGUACAUGGAGGAGUGA